AUGGGUAUACUGGCGUCAAGCUCUGAAUCUCAAUUCGCAUCUGCCGUGCUUGGCGAGAUCACCCAACAGCGUGAGCAGAAUCACCUUCAAGAUGAAGAGCUGAAAAAACUUCGAAAGGAUAUUCUUGAUAUCAAGGAAACAAAAAGAACUACGAUCGAAGAUAUGUUUGCUGCCAAUGAGAACGAAAAGGCAAAGCAGAGAGACUCCUUGGCGCAAAUCGAAACUCUUCGCGCUACCGUCGACGAAAAGGAAAGUAAGGUUACCGAGUCUGCUAAGAAUCUCGGAACUUUGCAGCAGAAAAUAGCAAAGUUGGAAUCGAAUCUCUCGCAGGAGGUCGCUAAAGUCUUACAAUCCGCCAAAGAUAUUACUACACUGCAAACCAAUUUGAAAGAGAAAGAUAAGAUGGUAGACCAAAUGAAGACAGCUGGGUCAAAACUAAAAUCAAUUUUAUCAUCGGAGCAGAAGAAGAACGAAGAGCUAGCAGCUGCUAAUGCCUCAAUGAACACAGAGCUCCAGGCAGUGAAGGCUUAUAUCCAGAGGCUGGAAGAGUUUCCUGUCCAAUCUUCGGGCAUUGAUGAAAAUUCCGUAGUCACGAAAUUCACAAGCCUUUGGACCUCUGCUACAAGCGAGUUAUCUCCAUUACUAUACCAAGAUGUUCUAGAAGAAACUUUAAAGGAGAAGGCUAUCUGGGAGAGACUUAAAAAGGCAGACAAGAUACUCCUACCGCCAAGCUUUCCUCUUAUUGCUUCAAACUCCUCGGGUGCUAAAGCUGUACGAUUUGCAUUGAUUCUAGCUGUUCUGUUCAGAGAGAUCGACCGACGUAUAUUCAAACCGAGUUAUUUUCUUUCGGAGAGCAAUAGUCUUCGUGAGGCUCUCGGUCAUCUUGCAGUGAAAAAUAGCGAGAAAGAAACUUUUUGCCGUCGCAUACUUCUCUCCAUCGACCCGCAUGCGGAACAGGUAACUCUUAAAGCUGAGAUUCAAGCUGUGGUCCAGAGAAUGUCUUCGUAUGCAGAUGGCCUAUUUCCUGAAGUGCAGCACGAUUUGUUUUGUACAAAAAUACAAUCAAUAGUCCAGAACGCGGUCGAAUUUUGGCUUCCAACUCAGCGAUCGCAACAGAAAUUCGAGACAGAUUUCGAAGAACUCUUUGAUCCCGACGACAAGGACAGGGAUCUCUUUCCUUUCGCUGGUGAAAAUACAACACUGGUAGCACAAGACCAUGGCCCUUAUCUUCUCAAUGUCUUCCCGUCCAUCUCCUUGGUGGAAGACGGCUACCAUAAUCCAUUGACCAAGAUCAUUCAACUCCGCAGUUCCCAGGAAUUAUACUUGGCCGCGCAGCAUGAAGCCACUCAAAUAACAUCAUCUGUCACCACCAGACGAUCUCAUACCCGCCCUAGAAGAAAAUCAACUGCAGCCUCAAAUGGGAAACCUUUUUUAGGUGGAAAUCUAACCAAUGGCAAACCGAUGGGUUCUGGAGAAGGGCCUAGCAACAUUGAUCUUGAACAGGUGGUUCUUGGUUUGGGCUUCUAUGGCCACUCAUUUACCCUGGAGGAUGCAUCCUGCAAUACACCUGGUUGUCGCUUCUCGGGUGGUGGUAAAGCAGGAGAAUGCACAGGCACCACUGAAAUUCUCUCGGAUAAUGAGAUCAAUCGUGUGCUCAAGGAAUACGAUCUCCCCAUUCAAUAUGACGAGGCCGCGGGUGUGAAUUGGAUGAUAUGGAACACAAAUCAAUGGGUGUCCUUCAACAAUGCGUGGAUAUUGAAACAGAAAGCCGAUUUUGCCAAUUCAAAUGUCUAG